AUGGGCGGCGCCGCCACUGCGCCAAGCGCUGCGGUGACCCAGGCAGAGCCCGAGGUGCCGCCACCGCUGCCGCGAGAGAACGCCGUGCUUGUCCUCGGCGCCACCGGACGCGCGGGGCGCCUGAUCGUUCAGGAGCUCCUGCGCUCCGGCCGCACCGUCGUGGCCGCCGUCCGCACUGCUGACAAGGCGUCGGAGGUCUUCUCGGCCCUGGAGUUGCAGGAGGGGCGCCAAGCUGAGGGCAAAGGGGACGGCAUCCUGUUCGUCCAGGCGGGCGUGGACGUCACCGAUGAGUCAACGCUCACUCCAGACCUGUUUGCGGGCGUCACCCAGGUCGUCAGUGCGCUGGGCGGCGUGACUGGCCGCCUGCCUGACGGCACCUUUGGUUACCUGGACGGCAUGACCCCAGAGGCCGUCGAGGCCAAGGGUAUGGCCAAUGUGGUGGCGGCCAUGAAGCAACACCUGGCCCCUCAGAUUCGCACCACCCAGGAGGUUCUGCCCAUGCGCACGGCCGAGGAUCUGGAGGCUUGGGAGCGCCUCGAUGACGUCAUCAUGGGGGGGAGCAGCAGCAGUGGCCUCACGGCCCUGGAGGACGGCAGCGGGGCGGCGUGGAAGGGCGACCUGGUCGUGGAGGGCGGCGGCUUCUGUGGGGCGCGCACGCGCAAGCUGGGCCUGGACCUGUCGCAGUUUGAUGGCUUGAGGAUGAGGGUGAAGGGCGACGGCCAGACUUUCAAGUUCAACAUCAAGACGGCGGACCAGGAGGACACCCCAGAGUCGACUUACCAGGCGACCUUUGAUACGUCAGAGGAGGGCGACUGGACGACAGUUCACCUGCCGUGGCACAGCUUCGUGCCCGUGAAACGCGCCCAGAGCGAUCCCCAGGGGGAGCCCCUCAGGGGUGAAGCCAUCUCCAAGCUGGGGCUGGUCCUGAGCCGCUUCGAAUUCAACAAGAUGCCCAACCCCCGCUACCACCCUGGCCCCUUCGAGCUGACCAUUGGCGGCGGCCUGUCGGCGUACCGCGACCCGCGGCCCCAGCUGCUCGUGAUUUCCUCAGCCGGCGUGGAGCGCAACGCCAUCAUCGGCGACGACGCAGAGGCCCGCAAGAAGGACAUCCCCAUCGUCCAGCUCAACCCAGGGGGCGUCCUCAACUGGAAGUUCGAGGCCGAGUGCGUCGCGCGCGCCAGCGGCUUCCCCUACUCGGUCGUCCGCUGCACAGGGCUGGACGACGGCUCGGCCGCGGCGGCCGAGCCGCGCCUGCUGGAGGCUGACCAGGGAGACAGCAUCAGCGGCAAGGUCUCGCGCGCUGAGGUGGCGCUCGUCGUCGCCGCGGCGCUGGCCAGCCCCGACGCCGCCAACAAGACGUUUGAGCUGCGCAGGAACGAGGCGGUUGACGCGAAGGGCAAGACCACGGGCCCGCGCCAGCUGACGCGGCUCUUCCUUAAGCUGGCGCUGGACUCGCACCGCUGGCGCGUGGGGCUGCAGCCUUUCCCGCGGGCGGUGCCGCCGCCGGCGCCGCCCACAGAGGAGCGCAAGGCGGAGAUCCUGGCUGACCCCAGGGUCCAGGAGGUGCGCGACCGCCAGCAGCGCGCCAGGGUGGGUCUCGCCCCCGAGGGCCAGCAAGAGGGUGGCGGCAACGGCGACGGCGCCGCUGCGGCUGCGGGCGAGGGCGGCGACGGCAGCGCCAAGGAAGCGUCAGAGGCACCGUCCAAGGAGCUGGUAUCUUCCAAGGCGUGA